AUCUGUAUAAGAUUCCCUCUCCAGGGAUCAAGGGAUUGCAGAGACUGGCCUUCUGCUCUCUCCUAGAGACCACGCUAGAGACCCAGCUAGGCUCUUCCAGAAGGCGAGCCCGCCAUGGCUCAGGAGAAGUUCUUGGUGCUGUUGCCACUAGUGGUCCUGGCGCUGCUGGGGCUGGCCUGCGUGCAGCCUUCUCUGGCCAGGGAGUCGAAGGCCAUGAAGUUCCAACGGCAGCACAUGGACUCGCACCCCGCCGCCAUCAGCGCCAGCUACUGCAACCUGAUGAUGAAGCGCCGCAACAUGACGGAUGGGUGGUGCAAGCCCGUGAACACCUUCGUGCACGAGCCUCUGGCAGACGUCCAGGCCGUCUGCUCCCAGAAGGAUGUGCUCUGCAAGAACGGGCAGUCCAACUGUCACCAGAGCCGCUCCCAGAUGAACAUCACCGACUGCCGCCUGAAGAACGGCUCCAAGUUCCCCAAGUGCGUGUACACGACCACGCAGAAGGAGCAGUACAUCGUCGUGGCCUGUGAGGGGAACCCCCACGUGCCAGUGCACUUUGAUGCGUGUCUGUAGCUCUCGGCCUGAGGCCAGAGAAGCGGGCGCCCUGUCGCAGGUGGCACCUGCUACCCCUCCCCUGCCUUCCUGCUCUGGGGAAUCCCUGCAGCCGGGGCUCCUCCGGCUUGCUCCCAAACCCGGGCUGCCCUGCCCAGGGCUGCUCCGCUUGGUCGGGGGGCGGGGGCCCCAUGUUAGCCACCUCACCGCUUCUUUCAAUAAAGCACAGCUGUGCUCA